AGAGAGAGAGAGAGAGAGAUAGAGAGGCAGGCCUUUGCAAUCGGAGAGAGAGAGAGAGAUUUUCUUCGGGAAGCAGACAAGCCGUGGCCGUACCGUUGAUGGAAAAGCCAGAAGUAUUACUUCGAUUUCUACACACGCCUUUACUCUUUGUAACCAUCAAUCACUUUGUGUAAUCUACAGUCUACACACACGCGCAGAGAGAGAGAGUGUGUGUUGAUUGAGUCAACUGUCAACUGAAGAAUUUGAAGCAGCAGCUGUAGACGAUGUCGAUUUCGUCUCAGAAAUUCCUAAACCCCUAAUCAGACGCAUAUGAUUUUCCACCCCUUUUUAAUCACGCUUGCUAUUGCUCUGCUUCACUCAAUACCAAUUCCUGCACUGAUUUUUUGAAAAUUGUAUUCGAUGGAUCACGAGCUGCGACAGAUCAAUCAGAGAGGCGAUCAGCUCGGAUCCGAUGAUAAACCGAAUUCAAGCAAUUCCGAGACUGCGAAUUCCGAUGAAAUUGGCGAUUCAAAUGCGAAAUCGAAAAUUGAAGCGGAGAGCAAAUGCCCUUCCCAUGUAAUCGACGUGAAGUGCGACGGAUUUUUAGGGGAUAAUCAGAGAGUGUGUAGAAUAUGCCAUUUGAAUGCGAAGGAGAGUGAGAAGAAUUCGGUGGAGUUGACUGAGCUUGGAUGUGGAUGCAAAGGGGAGCUCGGUGUUGCUCAUUUGCAUUGCGCCGAGGCUUGGUUUAGAGUCAGAGGAAAUAGAACGUGCGAGAUAUGCGGUGAGACUGCAAAGAACAUUAGCGGUGUGGGGGACAUCCGGUUCAUGGAGGAAUGGAGCGAGUCUCAAAGUAGGGAGACGGAGUCUGGACCAUCAGGCGGGGGCAGAAGGUGCUUGAGCGGGCAGCCGUUGUGCAACUUCUUGAUGGCGUGUUUGGUAAUAGCGUUCGUCCUCCCAUGGUUUUUCCGUGUAAAUAUGUUGUGACGAGACCAGUUUGAACGCGGUUCUUGAUCGUUUUUGACAGUUUUUAAGGUAUAUGCCACCAUUUUCCUACUCUAUUAUACGCUGGCGUGGUUUGCAUAGUCUUCUUCUCGUAGAUUUUUUGUACCUUAUUUUCAACGAACGAGUGUUUUGUGGUGUAAUACAUAGUAUAUCGAUUGUUCAUCAGUUAAAAUGCUACAUAUAAUUUGCACAAA